AUGGAUUAUAAAUCCAGUAGCUCAGGUAAUAAGAAUUCUUUAGACUCAGAAAAAUCUUUGUUUGAAAGAAUCGAAUAGGAAUUAAAAAAUGUUUUGUUUGGUGUUCUAUUUUAGCUUCUUAAGGAUGUCGAACCUUCUAUUUGGAUUGCUCGUUUGCUAAGCUUUAUUUAAUUAUUGCAAGUUUUAUACUUUCCUUUCCAUAGAGAACUGAAGCAUGCAUGGUAUUAUGAUUCAAUUGCUAAUGGAAUAGAGUAAUUUUUAAGUUACUUUUAAUUAAUCACUUACUUGAAGAAUUCGUCAUGGACUGCUUAUAUUACAGUCUUCUAUACUUGCGUUGCUUUAGUUAUAUUAAUCAUAAUAGAUAUCUUCUACAUUUCAUAUUCCUUCACCAAAAAGAAUCAAGCUUUUUCAUGGCCAAUUUACUCACUCAGAACUCUUCUUUCGCUAAUUGUUACUGUUCUAUUUAUGCCUUUGUUAGAUUUUUUUUUGUCAAUUAUCUCUUGCUAAUCUACUACUCUUUCAUAGGGCUCAGGUAUAACUUCUUCAGUUUAUGUCCAUGAGUUUUUCUCUUCAGUUGUCUGCUGGUAAGAUGUCCACAUUUUACAUGCUGUAGUCUCUAUUUUUAUUAGUAUUGCUUUCAUUAUAGUUACCUUUUUAGUGGUUUUAAUUUAUUUCGAAUGCUUACACAACUCUAAUGACCCUACAGCCAGAGUCACAUCACGUCCGAAUUUCGUGUUUCUUUUAUAUUAAGUUGUAUUGAUUAUUGCUUUUACCUUUAUGAAUAACUAGCAAAAUGAUUAUGUCUUAAUAGGACUGCUAAUUGCAGGAUCUCUUGUUACCUUUACCAAAUUUCAUUAUGAAAGUCCUUUUUAUAAUGAAGAAUUUUAAAAGAUUUGGAGUUUUAUUACUGCUUUGCAGGUAUGGAGUGCUAUAUUGCUAUGCUUUGCAAAAUUUCUUGAGAACAAUCUUUUUGAAGGAACGAUUAUUGCUUGGAUUAUAGGUAUUCCUAUUUUAGGUUUAAUAGUUAUCAAUUAGAGGAAGUAAAGAAUAGAUUUACUUCUUAUUAAUGUAAAUAAAUUUGAAACAGGUGAGUAGCUUAUAAGCUAAGCAAGAUAUUUACUUUAGUUGAUAAGAUGGUCAAAAACAUCUAAGACGGCAUCCAUAUUGUUAGAUGGUUACUUAGAAGUACACAAGCAAACUUGCUAGAGAGAAGAUUGUGCAGCAAAGUAAAAAAAGAAUGUAAAUUCAAGAGUUGCAAAGAAUCUUAUUAAUGUGAGUUAAUCGAUUGAAAAUCAAGCAGAUAGAGAUAAAAUAAACAUACUUUAUCAAGUUAUUUACCACAUGUUUUUUUAUGGUGUAAAGAAAUUUCCAAACAAUACUAAUCUUCGUUUGGCAUAUGCAUUCUUUUUGAUGGAGAACUCUAAGUACAAGCAGUAAGCAUUAUAGGAGUUAAGUUAAGCAGAAACAAAUCAUCCUUCUUUUGACAUUGAUUUUAUAAUCUUUAGAUACAAGAAACUGAUUGAAGAUGAAAUUGCAGAAUCUCAGCAAGAUGGCAACAUGGAUAUAGUUUCUGAGAUGGCCUUCUAAAAUAAUUUGAGAUCAAUGCAAAAUAAUAUAGAGAGAUGUGCUCUUUAACAUAUGGAUUUCUGGUCUCAGCUUGGAGAAGACAGUCCUGAUUUAGGUAAGCUGAAUGAAAUUGGAGUUAGGAUAAGCUUGGCAAUUUAGCAAGUUGAAGAGUAAUGGAAUAGGCUGAAAAAGAUGUCAAAUAAUAUACCUAAAGCUAUGAGACUUUUUGGAAAAUACAAUUUGGAGGUGCUCAAUGACAAAGAGAAUGGUGAAGCACUCCUUGAGAGAGCAAGAGCGAUACACAACUCAAAUGCUAAUAACAGAAAAGUUUAAGUUUUUACCUCUAACGAUGAAAUUUAAAAUGAAUCCUAUCCAACAAUAAUCAUAACAACAGAGCAAGAUAAGUUUGGCUAAGUAGUAAAUAUGAAUCAAGCUGCUUCUAACCUCUUCAGUUACCAAAAAAGCGAAGUUAUUAAUAGGAAAAUUAAUCUAUUAAUGCCAAAUAUUCAUUCUAAAUAUCACGAUCAAUUCUUAGAGAAUUACUUAAAUUCAACAGAAGUAAAGUUUAUGAAUAGAGAAAGAUAUGUAAUUGGCAAAAGUAAGUCUAAUUAUGUGUUCCCAUGCUUUCUUUCUCUUAGAACUCUCUCCUCUUUAGCUUAAGGAUUUUAAUUUUUAGGUUCUUUUAGAAUCGAAAAGGUGCAUCGUAAGAUAUGCUAUAUUUAUACAGACAUAGAUGGAAAUAUUGAGCAUAUUUCAAGCUAGUGUAUAAGCUUUUUGAAGAUUGACAAUAAAUUUAUCACCUCUAAAAAAACAAAUAUAGACGAGAUAGCUCCAAAGUUAUUUGAUGAUAAGGAAACUUAUAUGUAGAAAUCUGGUGCUUCAUACAUAUUUAAGCCCCUUAAGAAAGAAGAUGAUCCAACUGGAAAUGGUAUUGAAAUGAAUGUUUUAGUUUAAGAAAUUUAAUUUUUCUGCUAGCCUCAUGCAGGCUAUUUCAUUAAAUUUGAAGUAAUGACCUAACAAUAACAACAAUAAUUACCUCAAACUUCUAAUUUAGCUGUAUAGUCUAAGUUAAAAAAUAGGAUAGGUUUAUCUUGCUUCUAAUUUACCUUUGUCCCAUCAAAAUCUACGGUUGUUGGCUAGUAUGUUGAUCAAAUGAACAGUGAAAUUCAUUCCUAAAGAGUAGAUGAUAGCUUACUAAAUGGCCAAGAUGCAAAUUAAACAGUAGAAAAAAUUAAUUUAACCACUUAAAACGCUUAGUAAGAUCUACCAUAAGAUAGCAAAGUAGUUUAACCUGAGCAACAAAAUUCAUCUUUGAAGAAUUAUGGACUUGGUAUUAAAAGAAUGAGGCUCUACUAUGACCAUAUAGCAGAAGUAGAAGAUGAUAAAUCUGAUAGUGAAGAAGAAGAAGAAAAUGAAAUGAAUAAAAGCAUAUUUUAGAAUAAAAAUGAUGAAGAUGAAGGAGAUGAUGCUAAUAUUAAUGAGUUCAAUUCAAAUUUUAAGAGCAGAAAGGCUGUAAAAGCUGUUGUAAACGAUGAAAGUGAACCAUCUUGCAUAAGUAACUUAAAAAGAGUUACAAAUGUUCUUGUUUUGAUAUUAAUUUUGAUUGCUUUCUUGGAUUAUUUCCUAUCAAAUAGCUAAUUUGAUGAUAUCAAAAAAAAUGUUAAUUUAAUAAUUUACUCUAACAGAAUGUUAGCUGAAAUGUAGGGUCUUCUUAGUUACGUUAGAGAUCUUAAAUUUAUGGAAAUGGGUUUAUAUGAUGACCUUCCAUCAAAAGCUACAACUCGCCAAUAGUGGAUAGCUGGUAUCAAUUAAGAAAUUGUAAAUAUCCAAUAUUAUAGGCAAAAUAUUACAUUUAGUGAUCUCAGUAUUACCUCUGAUCAUUCUUACUUACUAUAUAAUCAAGAAGUUAAUUUGAUAUCAUCAGCUGGAUAAAAUAUUUAGAAGCCAUUUUUAACUUCAAUCGAAAUUAUGUACACUUAUGCUUAGAAUAUUGCUCAAGCAACAGGACCUAUUAAAUAGCAAUGUGUUUACUUUGAAACUAAUAUGUUUUCCCAAUUUUAUUUGUACAUGAUAGAUAAUGCAAACAUGUAUGUCAACGAACUCUUCAACAGAACUUCGGCAACCUCAGCUAUUUUUAUCAUCUGGAUGAUCAUUGCUGGCAUAAGUCUAUUUGUAUCAUUUGUGAUCUUUAUUCCAUUAAGUAUCAUUGUAAACAGAAGCAGAGAGGAGGUUUUAGGACUCUUCCUUGAUAUAAAAGAAAAAAGAAUCAAAAAUUUGUAUUCGAAGUGUGAAAAUUUUAUAAAUAAUCUUUAAAUUGGUGAGGAGGAAGAUAUUGGUUCAUUAGAUGAUAUUGAUAAGUUAAAUGAAGAGGAUCCUUUUGAAAAUAAAUUGAAAAAAAGAAAGAGAAAAUUCAAGAAUUCUUCUAUGAAUUUCAAACAGAUAUGUCUCGGCCUUCUUUCAGGGGCAAUUAUCAUUGAAGCGUAUUUCUUCUUUAAUUAUUUCAUUACUUAUUAGUUGAUGAAUUCCAAUAAUUAACUUGUCUAAGAACUUAAUGCAACUUCAUACUCUGAAGCCUUCUUUCUUUUUGCUGAUAAUAGCUAAAGAUAGCUUUUUUAUGACUAAAAAACAAAGAUAUUCGGAACAGAUCCUAGUGCAUAUACAACCUAAACACUCAACUAAUUGUACUAACUUGAUAGUUCAGUUCAUUAAGAACAUGCCUUAAAUAUUAAUGUCCAUAACAGUGCAUACAAUAAUGCAUUUGAUAAUGUAAUGAUGCUUGAUCCAUGCUCUAUUGUGUUUAGUUUACAAGGAUAAAAUUAAGAUGUUUGUGAAUAAUUUGCAGAGAAAGCUGUUUCUCAAGGUAUGGCUGUUGCAGUAACUCGCUACUUCGAAAAUCUAAGAUAUUUUAACAGCAUUUAUCAAAUUCUAUAUAAAUCUGCAAAUGGAGGACCAACUGUGAAAUUUUCUGAUGUUGCUCCAAGUGAUGCCACUCUGAGAAAAGUAACAGGAGACCCUUUAACUGAUUAGCUUCUAUCACUUUUAAGGACCUCAGUAGCUGAUGAGCUUAGACAGAUGCAGAUAAUAUAUAACUAUUUAUUAUAUAGAUAUCUGGAAGAUUAUUUCUAAAAUGACUUCAAUUAGCACAUUACUGAUGCUAACACAAGUAGGAUUGCCUUAUUUAUAGUAUUCAAUGUACUAAUGUUUGUAAUUUAUUUCUUAUUUUGGUUACCACUUGUGUCAAAGCUUUCUAGAAGCAUAUGGAGAACUAGAGGAAUGUUAACAAUGAUACCUUUAGAAGUAAUUAAAGAGACAAAAUCAAUACAAAAAUUCAUUAGAAGAUACUUAAACGAGCACUCAGUCUCAAAUUAUUGA